AUGACUAGGGGAAUCUCAUUUCCAUCUCUACUCUACAGAAAGCAGUCCUUUCUGUGUGCAGCUGAAGAUACUGGUGAGCAGAGUUGGGCCCAGGUUCUUGAAUCAGUAUGGGGAGGGACUCAUAGACUGGUGCAUAUAUACCAUCUGGAACUCCCAGCCCCUCCACCCGCUCUGUCUCAUCAGUGUAUUAAGUGCAAUGACCUAUUUAAGAUAAAUUCCAGACGCAAAUUCGGGGUUUUUCCAAAUACUGCCUCCCUCCCCCUCUGUCUAAGCUGCCUGGACCCUGGACCGUAG